AUGUCCUCCUACACGCUCUGUGUCUCCCCCGCGAGCCUCAAGCCUUACGGCCGCUCCGCAAAGGGUCUGCAGCAGCCUGCGCUCAUCCCGCUUAGCGUUGCCCAGCAGUGCCGCGACAUCACCCACCGCAGCCUCGACCUCCUCCAGGAGCCCGCGGAGAAGCCCCGGCUGAGCGGGUCGUUCGAUGUCGGCUGCGAGCUCAUUCCGCUCAAUGUCGCCCGCCGCCCACACGUUACAUUCGCGCUGACCGUCCUCUCCCUCUCUUUUGAGACAGGCUGGCCGAUCGAUGGGCGAAGAGGACGUGCACGCGAUUACAAGACCCAGGACGACCACCAAGAUGGAUCUUGCUCAGAUAGGGGUCUUGCAUUGUUGGUAGAGUGGUGCAAGGAUGAGAUUGCUGAGGAGGCGUGUGCAGCGAGAGAGGCGGCCGCUCUCUCGCUGCAUGCGUCUUCACGUUUACAGGUUAUGCUUGCUUCGGAUUCGAUCCUUGCUCACCUUCCCAGUCUCGUUCCUCAUCUUCGUGGUUUAGAAAUUUCGGGUUGUUCACUACCAGGAACAGUCAACAUCACAGCUCACGAAAAGACGCGUCGCGUGGACCUCGGUGACUUCUUCCAGACCCUCCAAGAUCAGUGCUCCCAUUCCGCCCUCGUCAACAUCAAUAUAGUCCUUCUGCAUGCGAGUUCGGAAGAGGAAUUGCCGUCUACCGCGUUGCAGCCGCUUUACGUCAGACGUAAUAUCACAGUCAACGACAAUGAUAUAAUGUCGAUGGCGCUCGCCUGGCCACGUCUGCGGGUCCUCUCUUUCCUCCAUAUCAAUAGCCAGCCAAGGCCCUUCGUACCCGCUGCCACCCUCCAGGGUCUCGUGCCCCUGGUCUCCGUGGAUGCACGCCCCGGAGGUGGUUCUUCUAACAGCCUCAUUACCCGCAUGAGGAUAGGCCCCUCGUCCGUCGCAGGCGAGCCGGUCAAGAUGGCGGCAUUCCUCUCAGAUAUCUUUCCAAGACUCAAGAGCAUAGAUUGCCAGAUCAGAGGCAGCGGAAAGUCAGCAUGGGCGGAGGCAGAGCGGCACCUUUUGACCUUUGCCGCGGCUCGCAUGUGGGCUUUGGGACAUGCAGGACUCGAUUGGAUACUUGACGACCCAUGA